AUGGCACGUUCUUCAUUGCCCCUCUACUACUUCUCUCCCAGGCGUGUCUCUUCACCUUCUUCAAAGUCCUUCUUCUUUGUUCCUGCAACUUUAGCUCUCAUUACUACUAUUUUCAUUCUCUUUUAUAUCUUCACAACUUCAACUCUCUUCACUUCGCAUCCUCACAGGCACACGCUUUACUUAAAACAGCCACUUGGAUCAUUUCCAUCUUCCCCGUUGACUCAAAAUGUUCCCUCAUUUUCGCUUCAUAAUAAUGGUUUUAAAAAUGGGACCUUUGAUCUGCCCAAAAGGGCUCCAUUUAAGGCUGUUGGUGGGGGUGAAGAUGCGACUAUGAGUCAAGUGACUUCUAGACCUCAUUUUGGGUCCGAGGGAAACUUUGUGAAUAAUUUGGAGGUGUUCCAUGAUGGAGAUAUUUUUCUGGAGGACUAUAAAGAAAUGAAUAGGAGCUUGAAGAUAUAUGUUUAUCCUGUCAAACGAAAUGAUCCCUUUGCACAUGCACUCUUACCUGUGGAUUUUGAACCUGGGGGUAAUUACGCCAGUGAAAGUUACUUUAAGAAGGCUCUCAUGGAAAGCCAUUUCAUAACCAAAGAUCCAACCAAGGCAGAUCUUUUUUUUCUUCCUUUCUCAAUUUCAAGGUUGAGGCAUGACCGUAGAAUUGGUACAGGAGGUAUCCAAGAUUUUAUCAGAGAGUACAUCUUUAACAUUAGUCAAAAGUACCCUUAUUGGAAUCGUUCUGGUGGAGCGGAUCACUUUUAUGUUGCUUGUCACUCCAUUGGACGAUCAGUGAUGGCAAAGGCACGGGAAGUAAAACUUAAUGCCAUUCAAAUUGUGUGUUCUUCUAGCUAUUUCCUUUCUGGGUACAUUGCCCACAAGGAUGCAUCUUUACCUCAAGUAUGGCCAAGAACAGGAGACCCCCCUAACCUUGCUUCAUCUAAAAGGAACAAACUUGCAUUCUUUGCUGGAUCAAUCAACUCCCCUGUUCGUGAGAAGCUUCUAAAAUUUUGGAGAAAUGACUCUGAGAUUGCUGCUUAUUAUGGUCGGCUUAAAACACCUUAUGCUGAUGAGCUACUUGGCAGCAAGUUUUGUCUUCAUGUAAAAGGCUUUGAAGUCAACACAGCUCGUAUAGCAGAUUCAUUAUAUUAUGGUUGCGUCCCAAUAAUCAUUGCUAACUACUAUGAUCUCCCAUUUGCUGAUAUUCUAAACUGGAAGAGCUUCUCAAUUGCUGUUGUAACUGUUGAUAUCCCAUUGCUUAAGCAAAUCCUUCGAGGGAUAACUUCUGAUGAAUAUUUAUUGUUACAGCGCAAUGUCCUGAAGGUGCGGAAACAUUUCCAGUGGCAUGUUCCUCCCAUAGAUUUUGAUGCCUUUUACAUGGUGAUGUAUGAGUUGUGGCUCAGACGAAGUUCUGCUUGAAUAAGUUUUUCUUUGGAUCCCAAGUAAUGACUGUAUUUUUUCUUUAUCAUUGGUGACUAAUUAGGUCCAACAGGAUAGGUUAUUUGCACAAGUUUUUAUUGCUUGUUUUUCAAUAAAACAGUAUGCAAGUUGGGAUUUGAUCUAUAAUCAUAUUGUUCUGAAACAGAAUUCCGAAUGAAAGAAAAUUAGAGAAAUAU